AUGAGCCAUCAGCAAGAUUACAGGGGAAAUGAAAAUGGGGGGCAGCGCAUUGAUGCAUCUAACUGGCUUCCCAUAACUGCUAGUAGAAAUGCAAAAUGGUAUUACUCGGCUUUUCACAAUGUUACGGCUGUUGUUGGUGCAGGAAUUCUAGGGUUACCAUAUGCAAUGUCACAAACUGGCUGGUUUUCGGGAUCGGUAGUCCUUGUUCUUUCUUGGCUCAUCACAUUCUACUCGUUCUGGCAACUAGUAGAAAUGCAUGAGAUGGUGCCAGGAAAGCGAUUUGAUCGUUACCCAGAAUUAGGGCAGCAUUGUUUUGGACCCAAGUUAGGGUACUGGGUAGUGAUGCCACAACAGUUGGCUGUGCAAGUCGCUACAGGCAUUGUGUAUGGCGUCACUGGUGGCAAAUCACUCAAGAAAUGCUUUGAACUCAUUUGGCCGGCUUGGGGUGAUUACAGAACAACAUACUUCAUCCUCUUUUUCGUGUGUUUGCAAUUUGUCAUCUCCCAAGCUCCAAACUUCAAUUCUUUGAAAGGUGUUUCUCUCCUGGCUGCAAUCAUGUCCAUCGGUUAUGCCGCAAUAGCAUUUUUCGCAUCAACAAUCCAGGGAGUGCAUCAUCGUGAGGGUGUGAGCUACGGGGUUCGAUCUCCGACAGUUUCUGGUCAAGUCUUUGAUUUCUUGAAUGGGUGUGGAACAAUAGCUUUUGCUUUUGCAGGACACAGUGUAUCCCUAGAAAUUCAAGCUACCAUUCCUUCAACUCCAGAGAAACCCUCAAAAUAUGCUAUGUGGAAAGGUGUUGUUGUAGCUUAUGUCGUCGUAGCGGUUUGCUAUGGCACUGUUUCAGUCGCCGGCUACUGGGCGUAUGGCAAACAUGUAGAAGAUGAUGUUCUCAUCUCACUUAUGAGGCCUGCAUGGCUCAUUGCAUUGGCUAACUUCAUGGUGUUUGUUCAUGUUAUUGGAAGUUAUCAGGUCUUUACCAUGCCUGUAUUUGAUCAGAUUGAGCAAUAUCUUGUAGAAGAACGGGGUCUCGCCCCCGGACGACCUUUGCGCAUCAUUUGCCGUAGUAUAUAUGUCGCUGCAAUAGGGUUUGUUUCGAUAAGCGUUCCAUUUUUCGGAGGCUUGUUAGGAUUAUUUGGAGGAUUGUUUUUCGCCUCCACAUCUUAUUUUAUGCCUUGUAUUAUGUGGCUUGUCACCCACAAGCCAAAAAAAAUGAGCUUCCACUGGACUGCAUCAUGGAUAAGCAUUGUUCUUGGCUUUCUGCUGGCAUUUCUAUCACCAAUAGGAGGGGCAUAUACAAUUAUUGUGGCAUUCAAAACUUACAGCUUCUUUUCUUAG